ACUACUGGGGACAUAUCCGGUUGUCUCUCCGGUUCUGCUGCUCCUGUCAGUUGUUACAGUUCUGUGUAUGUUUUGUUAAGGACAUUCUGUUUAUGCUCUACCAGCGAAAACACUGUCAAUAUUAUUUCCAGAUUGCACGUUUGUGGUUCUUCUAUUCUGGUAUUUAAAGUGAUAUUCAUCUAACUUCAAAAUGAUUCUUGCAUUGUCAAAAUUCUCAUCCGUGCGAAUCGGAGAUCCUGAGAAAGUGGAUCGGAUUCUAAAUGCCAUGAGAAAGGCAGGGCCCAAUACUGUCCAGGUAAUUUCAGACUUCGAUAUGACACUCACCAGAUUUGCUUUUAAUGGAAAGCGAUGCCCUACUUGCCACAAUAUCCUGGAUAACAGUAAAUUGAUCAGUGAAGAAUGCAAAGAACAGCUGAAGGAACUACUGAACACGUACUACCCCAUUGAGAUUGACUCCACCCGCUCAGUGGAGGAUAAGCUACCGUUCAUGGUGGAAUGGUGGACCAAAGCCCAUAACCUUAUGGUGCAGCAGAAGAUCAAGAAGGAUCUGCUGGCCACAGCAGUGAAAGAGUCAGAUGCCAUGCUCAGGGAUGGCUACAAGGGUUUAUUUGACCACUUGAAGGAGCAGAACAUCCCUCUUCUCGUCUUCUCAGCUGGGAUAGGAGACGUCUUGGAGGAGGUGAUAAGACAGGCGGGGGUCUUCUACCCGAAUGUCAAAGUCAUCUCUAACUACAUGGACUUUGAUGAAACCGGCACGCUGCAAGCUUUCAAAGGUGAACUCAUCCACACCUAUAACAAGCGUGAGGGAGCGCUGCUCAACACCGGCCUCUUCGAGGAGCUCAAUGACCGCCACAACGUCCUGCUGAUGGGGGACUCAUUGGGGGACCUGAACAUGGCUGAUGGUGUGCAGAAUAUGGAUAAUAUCCUGAAGAUUGGCUACCUGAAUGACAAGGUGGACGCGUGGAUGGAGACCUACCUGAACUCCUAUGACAUUGUCUUGGUGAAAGAUGAAACCAUGGAAGUACCUAAUGCCAUUUUGCACUACAUCACUGGCAGCCAGUGAACUUUCACCCCUACACCAGCCCACCUCUGACCUUUACACUCAUGUCCCUGGUCUCAGAAAGCUUUUUGUGCAGGGUGGCCUCCUUCCCCUUCCUUGUGUCGCUGACAGACAGGGGGGUGUCCUGCUCAAACGCCAACCCCUUCCCCUCCCCCUCUCCACACACACACUCCCAACAGACCUCUCCCACCCCGGAACGUAGCGGUAGUGACUGAUCCGAUGCUGCAAGCGCUGUCAGUGUACCAUUCUCCUCCCUGUGGAUGUGUGUUGGUUAAACGGUUCAUGCACCUGUUUCUUCCCUUUGUCACAUUAGUAAAUGUCAUGUGCAGGCUGCACCUCAAAAUCCUUCACAUCUUUACCAUAAUGUGUCAUGUUGACAGUGAUCGAUAUGGCUUUUGCACACACACACACACACAUCACACACACAACACACACACACACACACACACACACAGAUUUAGAUACACGCACAAAUCUCACAUAUAAGGGCAUUUGAUUUUCCCAGAAUUGUUUUUCAAAAUGCAUGAGACAUUUUUGGUCAAUGUUCAAUGCAGGACCUAACCAAGUCACACCAGGGAGAGAGAGCAUCAGUAUUUGAAACAUAGUUCAUUAUGAGCACCUUCAGUGGCCAUUCUUUUCUAACGUCUGCUGAUCUGAAACGACUGGAGAGAGAUUGAUAGAGAGGGUUAAGUGCUUUGGCUUCAGUGGCAGCCUUGCACAGACUUAUUAAAGAACCGCAGUGAUGUAUGUGUGGAAGAGGGAGUCAUUUUCACAGCAUAUACAGCUAUCCGUUAGUUUCUUAUUUUGACUAUAACUGUUUAUUUGGUUUAUCCAAGAUUUUGGAGGAUUUCAUGUGUUUUUUUUAUUUUUUUAAAGUGCUAUUUUAUGUUGGCCAAGGGACUUAAUAUCCUAAUCUAUGUCAAGUCAGUGUGACUGUGGCAAAGAAACUGAAGAUGGCACUUGUACAAAGAUUGUACCACUGACAUUCUACACACCAGAACUAGCUCAAAGACCUUAGGUUGUUUGUUCUGCUUAACAUCCAGCACUAUCCUUUAUCAGUGCACCAACCAGUCUUUUGAGUGGAGGUGGAGAUAACCGAAUAACAAGUCCAGCACAUGACAUUGCUACUUGAGCCGCGUCACUGCCGCGACUGACUCUGGGGUGUGAAACUUUGCUAUGAAUGUUGAUGAGUGUGCGUACUCUUUUCUCUACUUGUCCAUCCAUCAAGCCAGCCUAAAGUCAUCUCAAAUCCACAGCAGGUGUUAUCAAAGUAUGUCCUUGGAAUGUAUUUACAUUGUUACUGGUGGAGCUCAAUUAAAAAAAAAAAAUUUUGUAA